UGCGCGUGUCUGCUCUCUGAUCUAGCUUGCAGCUAGGGCAGCCAGCCGUUGCUCGAUCUCCCUCGCCUGCCCUCUAGUACUCGUCAAACCACAAGAUGCAGGGCUGCUAGCUAGCCAUUACUCCUCUCAUAAUCUAUCUCUUCUCCCUCGACCAUUCAGAGCCAAGCAAGAAGAGAGGUUGUUGCUGUUGUCUACCCGUGUGUGUGUGUGUCUAGGAGGAGGAGGAGGAGGAGGAGGAGGAGAGGGUAGAGAGAUCAAGAAAUAGUAGCAGCAGUAGUAGACUAGUAGCUGGCUGUGUGGUGAUGAAGAGGAUGGUGAUCCUGAGGAGGUGCCACCCGCCGCCGCCGCCGGAGGCGCUCCUGGCGGGCGGGUGCUGCGGGGGCGGCGGCGGCGGCGUGCGGUACGGGGAGUGCCGGCGGAACCACGCGGCGAGCAUGGGCGGGCACGCCGUGGACGGGUGCCGCGAAUUCCUGGCCGAGGGGGAGGAAGGCACCACCGCCGCGCUCCGCUGCGCGGCGUGCGGGUGCCACCGCAGCUUCCACCGCCGCGUGGUGCAGCGCUGCUGCUGCUGCCUCUGCUGCGGCGCCGGCGCCGCUGCCCGCUGGGGCGGCGGCGACGACGGCCGCUGCUCGCCGGAGUCCUCGGCGUCCAGCACCACGCCCAGGUAGUAGAAGCAAAGAUCUCUCACUCAGCCGACGCAAUCGCAGGUGCCAAACUGCCAAAGCCCAUGCGUGCAACUCGCGGCACCCAUCUUCUUCGUUCUUUCUCUGACUAGCUAGCUAGCUCGAUCGAUCAUGUCUCUCUCUUGCCUGAAUUAUUAUUGCCUUUUUUUUCUUCUUGCAAUGGAGUAUUAUUGUAACGUAGUAGUACCGAUUCAUCACACGCUCCCCGUGUCUCUGUAUGCCUGCGUCCUCCUUUUUGCAUGUGAUUAUUGAGUUUCUAUGAUGGCUUUGCCGGCCGAGAUUUACAGAACAAGCCUUUGUCAGGCCACUAUGCAUGAGUGAUGAAUUCAUAUCCUGUCUCCCGGCCUCUCCCCCCUCCUCUUUUUCUGUCCAUGAAGUACAUAUAUUUACUGUUUUACAAGUUGAGUGGUCAAGUAGUCAAGUACAUUUUUUCUACGGAUAUAUAUAAAGCUGAUUUGAUUCCUCAUGUAAAAAGCAUACCCCCGUCCUUUUUAAAUAUAUGUCAAAUGUCGUAUAUUUAAAAUGGAGGGAAUACAUGGCAUUAAAAAAAAUAAAAAUGAGCUCUUUAAUUUUCUUCGGUCUUUUUUACAAUACAAUAUUUUUAUGUUAUAUUUCACUCUAGACAUUACUCCCUCCGUCCCAGAAAAACUGUUCGUUUAGAAAAUUUUAGACAAGAUAGUACCAAUAUUAUAAAAUUUAAUGUACCCCUAAUAACUCUCGGAUGAAUUACUGAAUAGAAUUAAUUAUGCAUGCACGCUUAUAGUACUAGCCAUUUACAGUAUAUAUUCCUAAAAAAGCACUAUAAUAACAACUAUAGCUGGUACGAGAAUCCAGUGUACAAAACUCUGUCCUUUUUCUUUAGGAACAAAACCCUCUGAUUUCGUGCAGUCCAUAUGCAUAGUUGCAUACCAUGAACAACCCUAUACUGAUUUCGUGCAUAAGUUAAUAUCACAAUAAAUUGCUGCUGCUGCUGUAGCAGCAGUACCACGACAACAACAAGGUUUUAAAAAUCCGUUUGACACGUACUCCUGCAUGCUCGCUUAUUGCAAAGUUUUUUUUUCUGGCCCAAUAAAUAGGCGGCGCGGCCCGGCCGGGUUCGAUCGAUCGAGGAGAGGGAAGAGCUCUACAGUAUUCAUCACCAUUCAUGGUGCGGCCGGGCCUGUGGUCUGUGGACACGACGAAAUUUUAUUUUGACAUUUAUGUGGGAGGAAAAGUUAGAUGGCGUGCGCGGGUGCGUGCGUGCAUCGCGUCGUCAUGGCUCGAUCGAUCGUGCCGUGCCGGUCGAGUCGACAGCGGCAUAAAAGAGCAGCACGGCGACAAUAAUGUAACGUUAAUUGUGCACGUUAUAAAUGAAUGGAGGCCGGGCUCUCUCUCUCUCGUGUGUU